ACAAGCGGUUGGCCUCGUGGUACUAUCCGCGAUCGCGUUUUCACACAGUGUGCUCGAAACGAUGAAUGAAAAUGUACCGUCGCCCCUACUUUUAGUGCCGCAAGGGUUGAACUUCAACGCGACCCGUUCGCACACACCCGAUGACCUCGUGUUUACGCGUGAAUUUCAAAUCCAAAGUCGUCGGUUUCACCUUCGCCUUUUAUAUCGUUCGUAGGUACAUCGUGGUUCGCGGCCAAACAGAACUAACAAAGUCUAAAGGUCUACUUUUCGGCUCGAGUAUUCGUUCUUCGUCGUUCUAAUCGAAGAGGAUGACCGUGCGGUUGACCGACGUCGAAGCGAACGACAAACGUCGGCGGGAAGGUCAGUUUCCGGUUGAAACGCGGUAAAAGUGUUUGCGGGAUGUUCAUCUCGGCAAGGUGGCCUUCGAACAGUGUUUUUAUCGGUGUUUGGAUCUCGGUAUCGUUUCUGUGGCGUUGUAGAGCCGACGACUUUGACGUGCACGUUCCUCUGCAGUGCCUAACGCGGUGUUUAUCGUCGAGAGGUAAUUUGCAUGGGUGGGUGGUGAUCGAUGAACUUUGAUCCAACUAUACUAGUACCGAUAUUGGAUACUCGAGUUUUACUCCUUAUAUAUCCUUAUAGUACGGCGGCUACUCGGAACUAGGCUGCGAAUCAGAGGCAAGCGGCAUUAGGAUAAAACCUUGUUCCAGCCAUCGUUUAACUCGACAAGUUGUCACGACCUGUGUAACGCGAAUUCUAAUGUUGUACAGUGGACCGCUUGUGAUCGUCGUGAAAUUAAACGUCAAACUCGACGAGAAAAUGACGCUUCGUUAAGGAAACGGAGACGUUCGAACGGAACAUAUUGCAACGAAGAACGCUGGAAAACACUUUGGUCAAUGAUGGACUGGAUUCAACGAUCGUGGUCGAUCGGCACGAGUACACAGCCAUUGAGCAGGAUCCUCUGUCGUACUGGUAAUCGUAUAAAAACACCCGCUGCCCAAAGAAGAUCUCACUCGAGGGACCAGAAGGUACGUCUACUAUCCAUCGAGGAGUAUCCAGAAUAACGAAAUCGAUAUCGACGCUCUUAAACGCUCCAUGGCAAACACGAGCGUUGUACGCUUAACCAACGGGAGAGAAAGAAAGCCGACAAGAUUCACGUAGCGUUGAUCGAUUCUAUACUGUGUCUAUGUAUCCAUCGGCCUAAGAUCGAAGUAGAAUCGACGGUAGCAGAUGAAAAAGCAGAAGCAGAAGCAGAAACAGAAACGGAAGCAAAGGCAAAAGCAACCGAACGACGCAGCAGCUCGACGGAAUACACGGUAUCUUUGUCCUAAAUCGACAGAUUAUAGGCUAUUGCGAUAGGGUAUCCGUAAGUCUAAAUUCGGAUAAGAGGCGAGAGCAUGGUCCGCGUGGACAAGCGGCAUUCUCCACGGCCAUGACCGAGUGAAGUAGCCGGGGAUCGUCAGACACGUGGUCCACCAUGUUGAACGUAAUGGCAGCGGUGACGACAAGUCUACCUAGCCGAGUAGAUCCGACACCGACAUCUUCCAGCAAUACCAGCGCUGCUGCAUCGAGCACCGCGCCGAAUAACGUGACGUCAGUUCCUGUGGAGAAUCCAACGGUUGAAAAUCUACCCGAGAACGUGAACGUGUUCGUAGUUGUGAUCAAGGGUAUCAUUAUGGGCAGCAUCAUCACGACGGCAGUGUUAGGUAACGCUUUGGUGAUCGCCAGCGUGAGAAGGCACAGAAGAUUGCGCGUCGUAACGAACUGUUACGUGGUGAGCUUGGCAGCGGCUGAUCUCUUGGUGGCCAUGUGCGCGAUGACGUUUAACGCCUCGGCUGAAUUGUCCGGAGGCAAAUGGUUGUUCGGUCGGUUCAUGUGCGACGUGUGGAACUCGUUGGACGUUUACUUCUCCACGGCCUCGAUACUUCACCUCUGCUGCAUCAGCGUGGAUAGAUAUUACGCUAUUGUCAGCCCGCUCGAGUAUACAGUGAUCAUGAGACAAGGGACGGUGGGAUGUAUGCUGGGCAGUGCAUGGAUUUUACCGGCUUUGAUCAGCUUCAUACCGAUCUUCAUGGGUUGGUACACCACUCAGGAACAUUUGGAUUAUAUGGUGAGAAACCCGCAGGUCUGCUCGUUCGUGGUGAACCGGCCGUACGCUGUGAUCAGCUCGUGCGUCUCCUUCUGGAUCCCUGGCUUGGUGAUGAUAGUGAUGUACUGUAAGAUCUACAAGGAGGCGGUCAGACAGAGAAAGGCGCUCAGCAGAACGUCCAGCAACAUCGUGCUAAACAGCGUGCAUCAUCACAGGUCCUCGACCAGACAACACCAUCAUCAGCAGAUGCUGCUUCAAGCGGCGGCCGAAACCGGUACUUCGAUACGACAGCAAACGAAGAGCUGGAGAGCCGAGCAUAAAGCUGCGAGAACGCUUGGAAUAAUAAUGGGAGCGUUCCUCCUUUGCUGGCUGCCAUUUUUCCUUUGGUAUCUAACGACGACUCUAUGCGGCGAGGCCUGCUACUGUCCAGACACGGUGGUAUCCGUCCUCUUCUGGAUAGGUUACUUCAACAGCGCCCUGAACCCGCUUAUUUAUGCGUAUUUCAACCGCGACUUUCGCGAAGCCUUCAAGGACACGCUGAUGAGUGCUCUGCCGUGUUGUGCGAGCUGCUGGAAAACCCCGUCAGAGUUCGUCUAGCGAAAGAAACCCCCGUGAACAGUCGCGUCGAGCAAGCUGUGUUUUUUGCCAUCCACAAAAGAAAUCGGUAUCGAUUCAUUCGUCGAGCGAUCGUCCAACUUGCCGCGAUAGGAAACGUCACAAUAAUGGACCUCGUUGUCUGUCGAUAAUGUAAACAAUCUAAUCUACUGACUGGAUUAAUUCGAGUGUGAUCGAAGGAAUAGCGAAAGACGACGGUACUACGAUAAAGAAUAAUAUAUAUGUAUAAUAUUACUUGAAAUUCAUAAAGAUAUCGCUCUUUGGAAUAUGAAGUGAAAAAACUAUCUGACUGGAAACUUUUGUACAUCUAUUAAAAAAAAAAAAAAAAAGAAAAAAAAAGUGAAAAAAAAUAGUUGAGAAAUGAUUCGAUAAAUGAUUCGGUGAAUCAUAUUGUGUGGAUUAUUUUGUAGAAUUAUUAAAGAAAAUGAGAAAACGAUCAAGGGAUGAUUCUGCGAUGCAAUUUAUAAAAUACAAUAAAUAAUUCAUAAAAUAUAAAGCUUAAACUCUAAUUAAAGGAUACGUCUAUUAUGAGGAAUAUUCCUCCGAAUAUCAUCAACAAGAAGCAAUAGCUUGCACAACAGUUGUCUUAAUGAAUAAAUUUGUUACUUAAAAUUAUCUUUCUUUCAUUGUUAGUAGACUCAAAGGAUAGUAACCUCGGAGUAGGACGAAAAAUGAAAUUCUGAUAGUUUCUCUUACGAAUUCGUGCACGUGUACAUCGACUAAUUAGAAGAUGAAGAAGAACAUUAAUUUAGAUUUUUAGUUUAUUAAAUUAUAAGUUUAAUUAGAAGAAGAAACAAAAUUUAAAAGAGAAAGAAAUGUCAGUCUAAAUAAUUUCCCACCGUGUGUAUAAUUUCUUGUUUUCUGUGAUUUUUUACCGCAGAAGAAUACAUAUAAUUAAAAGAAAAAAGAAAACAACGUAAAGAGUGUUUCCUUUUCGCAAAAAACAAGAUAUUAACCAAAAGUUCAUUACCGGUGAAAUUAAUGAUCGAUCGAUUGAUUUAUUUCUUUAAUUGGCCCGUCGCGACAGAGAACUUGAUUCAUAUCUUAAUUAAAGGCAAGCGGUCUCCUGCAAAAAUAAAACUUUUUGAUUAAUA